AUGAUAUUGUGAUGUCAAGAGUUUCUUUGUGAUCUGAUAAGAAUACAGUAGAAGAACCUUUAGUUUUUAUGACUGUAGUAGUAACUUGUAUCCCUGUCAGAUAGUAUCUAGUGUCUCUAUUGGGAGUUUAUGGCAGAGGUCAACGACAUUUCUCAAUUAUGAAACAGCCCAAGUAUCCACUACUUGAGGUGAAGUUAUGUUAACGGUUUCAUGAAACAUGGGUGCCUAUAAAGAUUCUGUCAUCUGGGUUACAAGAGAAGUUCCUGCCGCUUAAAAACUUCCAAUUUCUGCUCCAAUUAUUAAGGUUUCUGCAGGUUAUAGUUAUUAGUGAUACUCUGCUAGAAACUCCCAGUUCAUUUUGUUCUUAUGGAUUCAAAAUUAGAGUUAUCACGCAAGAAUUACUAACUUUGGUUGUAAAACGGAAAAGAAAGAAGAGGAUGAUGAAGAAUAAGUGGAUGCUUUAAACCUAAUUACCAAGAAGAUGGGCGCCAAUGGCUGGAAUUUCAAUGCUGAUUCUUGUGGAGAAUAUCUUCCUCAUGUCCAACUGACGGAUCCUGACAGGAACGUUACCUGUGACUGCGAAUUUGCGAACAAUACCUGUCAUAUUACUUCCCUGAAGUUCAAGCGUUUUAGCCUUGCAGGAGAACUUCCACCUGAACUCAUUCAGCUUCGUUAUCUUGAGAGCAUUGAUCUUUCUUACAAUGAACUUGGUGGGUCUAUACCAAGUCAAUGGGCUUCAUUGCAGCUAAAAAUGAUUGCUCUUCUAGCAAACCGGUUAUCAGGGAACAUUCCAAGCUAUUUGGGGAACUUUACCAGCCUUGCAUACUUGGACCUUGAAUUAAAUCAAUUUUCUGGAAUGAUCCCGCGUGAGCUUGGGAACUUAGUUAACCUUGAAACUUUGAUUCUAUCCUCCAACAAAUUGGAUGGAAAUUUGCCAAAGGAACUUGCUGAGCUGAAAAACCUGACUGACUUUAGAAUAAACGAUAACAACUUCAAUGGGAGUAUACCAGAUUUUGUACAAAACUGGAAGCAACUUAAAAGACUAGAAAUGGUAGCUAGUGGACUGGAAGGACCCAUUCCAUCCUCCAUCUCUGCUCUGAAAACAUUAACAGACUUGAGGAUCACUGACAUAAAUUUCACAAAUCAGUCAUUUCCUGAUCUUAGUAACAUUGUAGGCCUCUCACGGCUGUUGUUGAGGAAUUGCAAUAUAUCUGGAGAAAUUCCUCCAUACAUCUGGGAAAUGAGUAAACUGCGAAUUUUGGAUCUCAGUUUUAAUAAGUUACACGGGAAUCUUCCAAAUGCUAUAACCACAGAGGCACUGGUAUUCAUCUUUCUAAGUGGAAACCGCCUCACAGGAAAUAUACCAAUGUUUAGGAAAGGAAUGAGUGUAGAUCUUUCCUAUAAUAAUUUCUCACAGCAAAGCUCUGGGCAGCCUGCUUGUCAGCAGGGAAUGGAUGUAACUCUAAACUUGUUCCGAAGUUCUUCAAUGGGAAAUGACAUAGGAGGAGCAUGCAUGGAUGAUCUCACUUGUGAUAAGUACUGGCACUCUAUGUACAUCAAUUGUGGAGGACAAAAUGUUAAAACAAAUGGCAGCACAUAUGAAGGAGAUGCAGCAGCUAGUAGCGGUGCUGCAAUAUUCUAUCGGAGUGAGGAUGAAUGGGGAAUUAGCAGCACCGGAGACUUUAUGGAUGACAACGAUUUCCAAAACAGAGCUUAUAUUGAAAACAUGCCAUCAUUAAAUAUUAAUGAAUUGUACCAAACAGCACGCGUUUCUCCAAUUUCACUCACUUACUAUCAUCGUUGUUUGGAAAAUGGGAAUUACACUGUGAGUCUACACUUCGCUGAGAUCAGAUUCAAAAAUGAUAAUACAUAUAACAGCCUUGGAAGACGAUUAUUUGAUGUCUAUAUUCAGAAUAAUCUAGUUGAGAAGGAUUUCAAUAUAGAAGUUGAAGCUGCAGGGGUUGCCAAGCCAGUCACAAAAAUACACAAUGCUACUGUCACAAAUAAUAUUUUGGAUAUCCACUUAUAUUGGGCUGGCAAAGGGACUACAAGAAUUCCUGUUAGUGGAGUCUAUGGCCCCCUCAUAUCAGCUAUUUCUGUAUAUCCCAACUUCAAACCACGUUUUUCGGGAGGGGGAAAGACAAAAACUGUACCAAUAAUUCUUGGAGUUGUAGGCUUUUGUCUCGUAUUCUCAGCAUUGGCUAUCUUUUGGUGGAAAUGCUAUUUCAGAGUACAGAAAAAAAGACAAAAAGGUCUUGAAGGAAUAGAAAUCCAAACUGUUUCUUUUACCUUAAAGCAAAUUAAAGCUGCCACAGGCAAUUUUAAUCCGGCAAACAAAAUUGGAGAAGGUGGAUUUGGACCAGUUUACAAGGGCUUGUUACCUGAUGGUACUGUGAUUGCUGUGAAGCAGCUCUCAUCUAAGUCAAGUCAGGGAAAUCGUGAGUUUUUGAACGAGAUCGGCGUGAUUUCAUGCAUGCAGCACCCACAUCUUGUAAAACUUCAUGGGUGUUGUAUUGAAGGAGAUCAACUAUUGUUAGUAUAUGAAUACAUGGAAAACAACAGCCUUUCUCGUGCUUUGUUUGGUCCAGAAAAUCAACUACAUUUGGACUGGAAAACAAGGCAGAAGAUAUGCAUCGGAAUCGCCAAAGGCUUGUCUUUUUUACAUGAAGAAUCAAGACUCAAGAUUGUUCAUAGAGACAUCAAAGUCACCAAUGUUCUCCUUGAUAAGGAUCUCAAUCCUAAAAUAUCUGAUUUUGGAUUGGCUAAACUAGACGAACGAGAAAAAACCUAUAUCAGCACCAGAGUUGCUGGAACUGUAGGAUAUAUGGCACCAGAAUAUGCAUUAUGGGGUCGUUUGACAUAUAAAGCAGAUGUUUACAGUUUUGGAAUUGUGGCACUGGAGAUUGUGAGUGGGAAGCAUAACAAGAGUUGUGGGCCAGAUGAUCAAUUCUCUUGUCUUCUAGACUGGGCCUGCCAUUUAGAGCAAAAUGGAAACCUGAUUGAGAUAGUGGAUCAGAAGCUGGGAUCUGAAUUCAACAAGGUAGAAGCAGAAAGGUUGAUAAAAGUAGCUCUCUUAUGCGCUAAUGCUUCACCAUCACUAAGGCCAAUCAUGUCUGAAGUUGUUAGCAUGAUAGAAGGAACUAGGAUCAUACCUGAUGUGAUCCCUGAACCAAAUAGUGAAGAUUUGAGGUUUAAGGCCAUAAGAGGACCUGACGAACGAAUAAGAAGUAGUUUGAAAGGCAAUCAGAACUCUAGUUCGAUCUUAGAUAGAUCGGAUAACAACAGUUCCCAUGUGUACACGGAUGAUGAUGAUCCAUAUGAAACCGAUAAAGAGUUGAAUGCGAGGUUUGACACUAGGAGCAAACACUAUAAACAGCCAGAAAGCCGGAGUGAGGUUUCAACUUCAGUAUUGUCAGAAACAGCCGUUUCCUCAACUUCUGUUCAUGAUCCUUUUGAUAUCAAUAUAAGCUCCUGACAAUGUCCUUGCCUAUGUUUAUAGACAUUCCUUAAUGUACAGAAAAUAGAAGAUCUUGAGCCUUUUAGGACCAUCAAAUUAAUUUGUCUCCUGAAUAAAUAAGCUGUUGAAAGUAAAUUUGUCUCCUGAAUAAAUAAGCAGUUAUGAAGUGAAAUAAAAAUAAAUUUCACUUCAUAACUGCAGUGCAAUCCCAAAUGUGGCCUCGUUAAUGUGUU